UGGUGAGAGGACGUCGUCAUGCGUGUUCGUCGGCAAAAAUUCGACAAGAAAUUUAUAAUAAAACAACAGUUCGUUAUGUUGUGAAUAGUAAACAAUUAAUUACGAUUUCAUAAAAUUCCAUUAGUUCUUCCGUUCGGUUUUGUGACGCACACAAGUAUUAUGGUGGCUUCUGCAUUACAAAUGUAUAAUUUUGUGUUCUCGCAUUCAAGAAAUAAGAACGCUAUCGCAAGUUAAGCGUUUUUUUAAAGCAUUACCAUUUUUUUUAUAAACAAAUGCUGUGGAUUUAUAAUUUCGCGUUGCAACGUCGCCGAAAUAUAUUUUAUUUUUUUUGCUGUUUUAAAUAAAAGAAAGGAUUGAAUUGUCAAUUGCAGCAACUAUCCAAUGAAUUGAAAGCAAAAUCAUAAAAAAUAAACAAAUAAAAUAAAUAAAUAAAUUAAAAUAAGAAGCAAACAUAAAAAAAUCGACCAAUUCUCGAAAUUCUAAUCUAAAUGCAACGCUGUGCGACAACAACACCGAAAUGCUGCUGAAAAAGAAACGCUAUAUGGUCGAAGAGCAGGACGACACGAUUGAGGUCGCCGUUGUUGAGGCAGCAAGCAACAACAGAAACGCAAACACCAACACAAACACCAGCACCAAUACCAACAGCAACAAUAGCAGCAGCAGCAGUAGUUAUGGAUCCAACAUGGCCGAUACACGCGAAGUACGCAUUGAGGAGCAAUUAAAAGUGAAAAUUGGCGAAGCAAAGAACCUCAGCAGCCGCAAUGCCGCCAACACAAGUUGCAGUACACAGGGCACACGAGAUGUCUACUGCACCAUUGCCUUGGAUCAGGAGGAGAUUUGUAGAACGCCGACCAUUGAGCGCACCCUAUCGCCAUUCUUUGGCGAGGAAUACCAAUUCAAAAUACCGCGCCGCUUCCGUUACCUAUCGGUGUAUGUAUGGGAUCGCGAUAUGAAGCAGGAUAAACCAAUUGGCAAGAUUGCCAUCAAAAGGGAGGAGCUGCACAAUUACAAUACACGUGACCAUUGGUUCACGCUGCGACCCGUCGAUGCUGACUCUGAGGUUCAAGGCAUGGCUCACAUAAAGGUGGCCUUUGAGGAGGUGCCACUGACAGAGAGCAUUGAGCUGGUCGCUGCCCAGCAGCAAAUCCAACUUCAGCAUCAGCACCACCACCAUCACCAGCAGCAGCAACACCACCAUCAGCACCAACAACAUCAUCUGUUGCAUCAUCAUCACCAGCAGCGAGCCCAUCAGAACGACUACAAGGAGAAUAGCGAAUUGAGCAAUAUCCAAAGGGCAUCAGCAGCAGCGUCGGCUGCCGCAUCGGCUGGCAUUGGAGGAGGUGGAACAGCUGGAGGUGGUGGCGGUGGAGGCACUAACUCGGCGGCCAUGACUUUAAAGACACGUGUGGCUGGCCUGGUUGGUCAUGUGCAUCAUCAUCAUCACCAUCAGCAGCAGCAGCAGCAGCAGCAACAACUGCAGCUGCAGCAACAACAGCAAAUACAUGGACAGCAUGCGCCGUCUAGCACCAAUUCUUCCACAGAUCAGCUGGCCAACUGGAAGAAUGCGCAUGGACGAAAUGUUCGUGUUGCCAUCCAUGUUCCCGCCUGCAUCGAUUUGGCCAAGAAGCAGGGCACCUGCGAUCCAUUUGUCAUCUGCACCGCCUACUACAGCAAUAAGCAACAGAUAACCAAGCGGACAAAGCAACGCAAAAAGACCGUCGAUCCCGAAUUCGAUGAGGUUAUGUAUUUUGAUCUCUGCAUUGAUGCUGAAGCCGGCAGCACGGCUACCACCGGCAGCAACAAAUCCUCUGGCUCACUUGAGUCGUCGGCCAACAAAGCUUACUCCAUUUAUCCCCUUGGCGGGGCUGAUCUCUGCGAGAUUGCGGUGACGCUGUGGCAUGAUGCCCACGGCGCCAUGGCUGAUAAAGUGUUCCUGGGCGAGGUGCGUCUGCCCAUGUUUAAUAAGCAACAGCAGCAGGCGGUUCAACCGGCUGCCUGGUAUUAUCUGCAACCCCGCUCUACAUCCACCAGUGGUCGCUCUCUGAAUGCCACGCCCCGUUCGUGCGCCACCCCGCCAGGGACAAGACUCAGUGUUGAUUCCACUAUUGGAUCAUUGCGCCUGAAUUUGAAUUAUACCGCCGAUCAUGUAUUCCCGCUGCCCACUUAUGAUGAUUUACUAAAUUUGCUCCUAGAAUCGGUAGAUCAGCGUCCCAUAACCGUUUCAGCCGUAUCCAUACUUGGCGAGUUGGUCUCAGGGAAAACGGAAGUUGCCCAGCCGCUGGUGCGGCUAUUCACUCACACGGAACGGAUUGCGCCCAUCAUUAAGGCACUGGCCGAUCACGAAAUAUCGAAUCUAACCGACCCCACCACCAUCUUUCGUGGCAACACUCUCGUCUCGAAAAUGAUGGACGAGGCCAUGAGGCUAUCGGGUCUACACUAUCUGCAUCAGACACUGCGUCCCGUGCUAUCGCAGAUUGUGGCCGAGAAGAAACCCUGCGAAAUCGAUCCCACCAAGGUAAAAGAUCGCUCGGCUGUCGACACAAAUCUGCACAAUCUCAAGGACUAUGUGGAGCGAGUGUUUGAAGCGAUCACAAAGAGCGCGGAGCGAUGUCCCAAAGUUCUCUGUCAGAUAUUUCACGAUCUCCGUGAAUGUGCUGGCAAGCAUUUUCCACGGAAUCGUGAAGUGCGCUACUCCGUGGUCUCUGGCUUCAUAUUCUUGCGUUUCUUUGCGCCCGCCAUACUGGGACCCAAGCUCUUUGAUCUGACCACUGAGCGACUGGAUGCCCAGACAAAUCGCACGCUAACAUUAAUCUCCAAGACGAUACAAUCUCUGGGCAAUUUGGUUAGCUCGCGUUCAUCCCAGCAGCCCUGCAAGGAGGAGUACACCGGGGAACUGUACAAGAAGUUUUGCACGGAGCAGCAUGUAGCUGCGGUUAAGCAUUUUCUAGAGGUUAUCUCCACGCCAAAUGGUGCUCCUCCUACAGGCAGUGCCAAUCCAAUGACGAUGGCGAUGGCGACGACAACGACGUCGACGAUCACGAUGAGUGGUGGCAGCGGCGGUGUUAGUAAUAGUAGUUGUAGUACAAAUCAGUUGCCCACAUUAACAACAACGACGACAGCAGCGACGCCUUUAGAACCAGUAUUACUUAAAGAGGGCGAGGGCAUGAUGACCAAAUAUCCAACGAGCCGCAAACGAUUUGGAAGACAAUUUAAGCAACGUUACUUUCGCCUGACAACGCACUCGCUGAGCUAUGCCAAGUCGAAGGGCAAACAACCCAUCUGUGAUAUACCGCUCCAGGAAAUCGGAAGCGUCGAGCAAUUGAAAGACAAAAGCUUCAAAAUGCAAAAUUGUUUUAAGAUUGUGCACAAAGAUCGCUCGCUUAUUGUUCAGACCACAAACUGUGUGGAGGAGCGCGAAUGGUUCGACCUGCUGCACAAGAUCUGUCUAAUGAAUUCCAUACGCAUGCAGUACUUCCAUCCGUCGGCAUUUAUUAGUGGACAUUAUAGUUGUUGUGGACGCUCUGAUGAGAAUUCGGCCGGUUGCAAGAAUGUUUCUGAUAAAGAGAUGGAUUAUUUUCAAAUGGAUUUGGUUACGGCCCUCGAUCCGCCGCUGGACUUGCAGCGCAUUCACACUCUGAUCAUGUCCAAUAUGAAUCUGCUGGAGUCUCUGUUAGAUCCGUUGGCCUAUCAUCAGCAUAUGCCUCAAUUGCAGCAGCAGCAACAUCAGCAAAACAAUCCGCUGGCUCCUCUGGCUACAUCCCUGCAACAACAAUCCCCGCAAGCAUUUGCCGAGUUCAAGAGAACCAUUGAGAAAUUGCGCGAAAAGGCAUAUGCGAUUGAUAAGGAUCAUCGGGACUAUAAACAGGGAAUUACCCGACAGCUAAAAUAUGGCAGCAGGCAGGCACCCAUUGGGGAUGACAAUUAUUGGCAUAUGAUGCGAGCAGCUGGCCAACUUAAUUUGCAGCAUCAUCAGCAGCAACAGCAGCAGCAACAACAACAAUUGCAACAUCAGCAGCAGCAGCAACACCUUCAACCUAUACUCCCACAAAUGCAACAUGUACGAGCCAAUCCCUAUCAGUCGUCGGCAGCCACAACCAAUAGUAAUAUGAAUGCAUAUUUUAUGCAUAAUCUUCAACAUCAGCAACAACGCCACCAGCAGCAGCAGCAACAACACCAACAACAACAACAGCAGCAGCAGCAACAACAACUGCAACAGCAGCAUCAUCAACAACAAUUCCAGCAGCAGCGAAAUCAUCAGUUGCAGCGCCACAAUAACAACAACAACUUGAACAAUAAUAUCAGCAGCAGCAACAACAACAAUAAUAAUAAUAACAAUUGCGGCAAUGCCUCAUCAUCCAGCCCCUCAUCCACAGCCUCGAGCGUAGUUGCUGCUCCGAGCAGCGCAUCGACAGCCCCUAAGCCAGCUCCUGCGAUCUAUUAGCGUUCAAGACUCUGCGUAUUCACCUUGCCCAGAAGAACAACUAUCAUGACGCAAUGACCUAAAUGUCGGGAAUACGCAUCCAACGCUGGAGGAUUCGAUAAAGUGGAGCCAGAAUCCGUAAGGAACGGAACUAAACAGAGAAUAGUUAAGUUAUGUGUGAUGUAAAAAAAGAGAAAAGAGAAACAAACAACAACAAAAACAGUUUUAUG